AUACACUUAGUCCGCUCGUUCCGGACUAGCUCGGUUCGCUACAUCCGCUUGACAUGGGAACAUCGUCCUCACACCGUGCUUCGAGGGAGAGCGCCAAAGCCACACGUCAUGUCUGCAGACCUCUUCGCUGAGUUCUCAGCUCCACCAGCCUCUAAUCAUCAAAAACAGCAGAGUCAAAACUCUGGGGUAAAUAAAAAGCAGCCUGAUCCAUCCUUCAGCUUCUUCGAUGACCUGACGAGUACUACUGGCAAUCACCCAUCCUUCCAGCAAACAUCGAGCAACGCUCCUAUCAAUAUCUCGAGUACGGCUCAAUCCGCUGUGCCUGAUGAAACAGAUGAAUGGGGAGAUUUUGAAGACAGUGCACAACCAACCCUUUCAACAAACCAAGAUCCUUUUUCAUUCCAGCCGUCACAGUCGACACAACAGACAUGGCCAGCGGCCUCUGCUCAGAACGACUCUUUUUCUACUAAUUUCCAACAUAUCGAAAGCUCGAGAGAGGGUUGGACGAAAGCUCCCAUAAUCAAGGCGAAGAAAUCUGCGGACCCCAGCGUGCUGUUUGAUGCCGAGGAUGAAUUCGGAGACGACGACGAUGAAUUUGGGGAUUUCGAAGGUGGCAUCACGAAUCCGCCUCCAAUUCAAGCAUCAUCCAACAGUGCUGUCGCUGAUCUGUUGGGGGAUCUAUCUUUUACUGAAUCCACACCCCAAGGCCGGGGGGAUGAAACCAGUGCAAGCCAUAACAUCGCCUCGCCGUCCACGAAGAAAAGCUCCGCAGUGGGGAACUUCGGUUCAAUGUCUCGAACAAAACAAGCACCAGCGGUAACAUCGAAUUCAAAACCAACUUCUGCUCCCGCUCCUGCUCCUCCUUUGGCUGCUGAGGAAGAUGCAUGGGACACAUUUGAUGACUGGGAAGCGACCAUCCCCGCCAAAGCGAAAGCGAAAGCGAAAGUCACGGAUGAGCGAAAAGAGUCACCCACGAUGAAUCUUUCACCGAUAUUAUCACCCGCUCAUAGAGAUGCACAGCAUGACGAGCUACCCCCAACAAAUAUCCCUCCACCAGCUGUCUUGCUCACAUUAUUCUCCCCGCUCUUCGCACAAGCACAAAGUCAACUGUUCAAACCGAUGGCCACCCAAGCACUUCCACUUCGGAACAAACUGCUCGCGGAGCCUGCCACAAUUGCCUACCUCCAGGGAUAUCUCAUGCUAGCAUCCGUGGCGGCACAUGUCAUUGCAGGGCGGAAGCUACGAUGGAAAAGAGAUCAACAUCUCUCCCAGGGCAUGCGAAUAGGACCCGCAUCCUCCCGAGCAACUUCGGGCAUGAAGCUCUCGAGCGUAGACAAGAGCGAACACAUGAAAGAAGAGCGCGAAGCCUCGGACGUGGUGCUCGCGUGGAAGGAGCAGCUUGGGAAACUACGACAUGUAGUCUCAGCCGCCAACCAGAUCAAAGCGGGGACACUGGGCGCUGUACCUGACAUCCAGGAAUCGAUGAACAUUAAGACGUUGAAGCAAACAGAAGGUGGGAUUCCUGCGCCCCAGGCUUGUAUGCUGUGCGGACUCAAGAGAGACGAGCGUGUUGGUGUAGCAGACCACGGGGUGGAAGACAGCUUCGGAGAAUGGUGGAUCGAUCAAGUCAACAUGCAUAGAGGGUGUCGCAAUUUUUGGAACGAACACCGCGAUAAGCUCAGGCAUCACUGAAACUACACCCCGAUAUGUAUUCUCGGGCACAUAUGUGGUGAAUGAUUCAUGAUGAUCUACGUAGAAUAUGGCAUAUCAGCAGUACACCAAAGCUCUUCGUUGUAUAGUAGAAUAGCUUUCCUUCACCACCGCAAGAUCCGGUAUUUAGUAGCGACUUCAGUGUCCUAUUGCUC